AUCAGUGUUAAACUAUGUUAUUCUUAUCGAUUUGAUAUAUAUACAAUAUAAUGUAAUGUAUAGAAAAAUAGAUUUUUAAUUAAAAACCUGGAAACCCAGAUAGGCAUCCAAACUCCAGAUCUGGGUUUAAAAACCCAGCACCGGAAUCCUACACCCCACUUUGUGCCACCAACUAGCCGACCUCGAUUUACGGACGCAGUCCCUUUCUCACAAUCAUCCGCCCCAAGCCCAACGAUCCCAAAGUGUGUCGGAAGCUUUCCAGACGUCUCAUCUCCGCUUUGGUCUCAGGGGUCUCCUCAGUUGAAAUGAGGGAGAAAGCGAAGAGCUUCAAUCGCACCACUGCGCGUGCGUGGAGUGCAAACACAACUCAUCCGGUCUUGCCCUUCCGAGGAUCUGUGGAGUUCCGUAGGAUUACGAGACCCACCUUUCGUUAGAGGAAUGGCGGCGCCGGCGAGCGAUCCGGAAACAAUGCAAAAACAAACCGAAGAAAUUGAAGCUCUGUCAGCUAUCUAUGGCAAUGAAUGGUGCAUUGUUGAUGAAGAUGAGAAAAUUUUUUGUAUUAAGAUUAGUGAUUGCUCAGCACAGCCAAAGUGGACUCUCAAUUUGCAGGUGAUUCUGCCUCCUGAAUAUCCAACUUCAGCACCACCUAUUUAUCAGCUUAAUGCUCCUUGGAUUUUACAAAAGGAAUAUGCAGAACUGGCAAAUCAUCUAGAAGAAAUCUAUGUACAGAACAUUGGUGAAAGCAUUCUUUAUUUGUGGGUGGAGAAGAUACGUGAGGUUUUGAUAGAAAAAUCCCAGUCAUCUGAAUCAGGCCCAGAUUAUAAAAAGGUUACAGAAGAAACAGAUGUGGACUAUGAAGAAGAAUUUGCACUGGAAUAUCAACCUCUUCCAGAUUGUACAGCUAUAACGUUAAAUUUUGAUCUGUCUGAAAAAAAAGAUGAAGAGUUAAUUCCAAUUUAUCAUGGAAACCCAAUUACAGACCGAAGAAGCACAUUUCAAGCACAUUUAGCACCUGUUGUAUACCUUGAACAGGUGAAAAUUGUUCUUGCUGACUUGUACAAAAAUAAGAAAAUAGCCAGUGCUACUCACAACAUAUAUGCUUACAGAAUAUACUGUGGAGACAAGCAGACUUUUUUACAAGAUUGUGAAGAUGAUGGUGAAACAGCAGCAGGGGGCCGUCUUCUCCAUCUUAUGCAGAUUCUGAAUGUCCAUAAUGUUUUGGUGGUAGUGUCCCGCUGGUAUGGUGGUAUCCUUCUAGGACCAGAUCGUUUCAAACACAUCAACAAUUGUGCCAGAAAUAUACUUGUGGAGCAAAAUUACACUAAUCUAUCUCAAAAUUCAUCUAAGCCUCUUGGAAAGAAGAAAGGAAUAAGAAAAGACAAGAAGAAAACAGAACAUUGAUAUAUUUUGCAGAAUUACAUAUCCGUAUUUCAGCUUUCAGCUGUCACCACUCAAUGAUUCUAUAUUCUAAACCUUUUGUUUCAAAAGUGUAGAAACUCUUUGCAGUAAUAAAAAACCUUCUUCCUAAGAAAA